UCGUAUCUUCCACGUUCCUCUCGUGUCCGUUGUGCCUUGCUACCAUUGUCACUCAUUCAUUCUGUCCAACCGAUCCAAGCAUCUCUCUCUCUCUCUAGUAUACUACUCUACUCUACUCUUCUAUCAGAUUCUAUCGACCUGUAUGCUUUAGUACAAAGAACCAUGCCGUAUGUCAAGACAACCGCGCGUUCCCGCAAAGGCAGUGCGCCUGCGGCUAACAAGAAAUCGAGUAAAAAGAGCAGCGGCAAUGGCAGUAGUAGUUUCUGUGGCCGCCAUGUCAUGCUCGGCUUUUUACUCUUGAUUGUCCUGUUUGGUGUAGCCACACUACUCCUCAAUUUGCACGUGUCCACCGACCGGGCCAAAAAUCUCGAUCGCAUUCAAGCCAUUCUCAUGGAUUCUUUUUCCAAUGGCGUUUCCACAUUGACCAGUGCCAGUGGUAUCAAAGAUAAGGCGGAAGAAAUUGCGCAACAAGAACAAGAAUCCGGUCAUCAAUUGGCCGGACUCAAUUGCGAUGCUUAUGGAGGUCCUUCACCAGAGACGGCACAAGAAAUGGUCUAUUGGGAAGAUGUACAUUCCGAUGCCAGACACAUUUCGCCCUUUAAACGAACCCAUGGACCCAAACAGUAUCUCACCUUUGAACCAGAUCAGGGGGGUUGGAACAACAUUCGCAUGAGCAUGGAAACCGUCCUGGCCAUGGCCUAUGCCAUGGGACGCACACUGGUAUUACCACCCGAACAGGUCUUUUAUCUACUCGGAAAACACAAGGGAAAUGCAGGAGAUUCACAACGAAGAGAAUUCUCCUUCAAUCACUUUUUUCACAUGGAAUCCAUUCACAAUGAACAUCCCGGUCUAGAUAUCAUUACCAUGAAGGAAUUUCUACAACGAGAAGCCAUGACGGGCAAUCUGAGAGAUCAGCAAGGAAAUGUUGUAUUUCCACCACGAAAUCAAACCGACUGGGAUGGCAAACCACGACAACCACUCUUUGAAUUCUUGCGGGCGACCGGACACAUGGCCAUUUGGACACCAGAAAAGUGCAUGGCGGCAUUUCCCACCAGUCCCGAUCCACAAGAAACACAAAAAUUAUGGGAUAUCAAAAAACAAGUCGAACAAGAACACGGUGGCAGCUUUCCAUCGUACGAAGCAUAUGUGGGCAAACCAUUCCCCGUCAAUGCCACUGCCAAACAACGCAUGAUGGAAAAUUGGGCCGGACGCAAAACAUUGUGUCUCUACGACAAUACACUCCAAAAUACACAACUCAUUCAUUUCCCUUCCGAUCACAAAUUGGGUGCACGAUUGUUGGUACAUUUCUAUGCCUUUUUGUUCUUUGAAGAUUGGAAACAAGACUUGUUUAUGAAACGAUUUGUACGAGAUCAUGUCCGUUACGUCGACCUCAUUCAAUGUGCGGCCGCACGAGUGGUGGAAGCGGUACGAGAACGCGCUCGGACAAAUCCCGUCGUGGCGGGAAAUAAUCCCAACGGUGACUUUGAUGCCUUUCAUAUUCGGCGAGGUGAUUUUCAAUACACGGUGACACGAUUUGAUGCUCCCAAAAUCUACGAUAUGAGCAAGAGUAAACUGCACGAGGGAGAAACGAUUUAUAUUGCCACUGAUGAACGCGACAAGGCUUUUUUCCAACCUCUGCGAGACAAGUAUGAUAUUGUCUUUUUGGAUGAUUUUCAUGAUGUACUGGGGGAAGAUGUCAAUUCCAACUUUUUUGGCAUGGUGGAUCAGUUGGUGGCAUCACGAAGUCGAACAUUCUUUGGAUGUUGGUUCUCGACAUUUACCGGAUACAUUAAUCGAUUGCGAGGAUAUCAUUCCACACACGACAAAGCACCGGGAUACGAAAAGGGCAUUCACAAUAGUUGGUACUAUGCCCUCGAGGACCGGUACGAUCAUCUGCAGACAUAUUAUCCGGUCAAGCAAUCGUACUAUGCACGGGAAUUCCCAACUUCCUGGAGACUCAUUGACACGGGAAUCGGGGAGUUGGAAUAGUGUACUAACGUUAGCUGCUAGUAAUAACAGACAAACUACCUAGAACAAAAACAAGCCUUGUAGCUAGCUCUAAGAACCCAACUCAUUCGCAAGUCGCAAGAACCCGUGUCCAAAAGCAA